CUUAAACACACCGACCCUGCAGCACUGUUAGCUGAGGAACCGCUGCCUGGCCGGAAUGCUAGUUACACCUAUGAGACCUACGCGGCCCUCGGAGUCGAGUUACCGCUGCAAAAGGCUGGUGUAUGACAUGAAUGACAAACAGGACAGGCCUUAUAUGUGCGGCGCACUCGGCUGCUCUCAGCGCUUCCAGUUAGAAGAGCAUCUGACCAUCCACGGACGUAAGCAUGAGAUGUCCCUCAAGUUCUCCUCCAUCAAGGCGGAUUUGCCCUUUACAGACCAGACUCCGACGCCAACCCGGUUUUUGCAGAACUGUGAAGAAGUUGGUCUUUUCAAGGAGAUAGAGGAAGAGUUUCUUCAAGCACAAGAAGAAGAAAAGAGCAAACAGACGCUUCCUCAUAAUGGGCCUUCCUGUAUGAACCAGCAGCUAAAAUCCCAGCUUCAGCACCAGCAACCCCAGCCACCGCUGCACCACCCCCAGACCCACCCCCUGCAGCACCCGCAGUCCCACAGCCCCAUGAUGGGCCCCAGCUGCAGUCUGAACGCCCAGCAGGCCCUGUCGUCCCCGCAGUCCGGAUCCGUCAUCACCCAGGCUCCUUCAGCCCUCACACACUCAGGGCCGGUUCCCGGGUCGCUGUCCUCCCUCCUCCACAUGCGGAACAGACACAGACAACCGCUGCCAGCCUCCUUACCUGGCACGCUGCCAGACCCCGCCAUGCAAGGGGCAGCUGCUCAGCACAUGCCUAUGGAGAAGCAAAUGUCGUGUGUAAUGGGUUUACCCGGUCCUGGACACAACCACGCCUGUUCCUCGCCUCAGAGAUCCAAACAGACGCUGGGCCAUCAUUUCCAGCAGCACCACCCUGCCAUGGUGGGCAUCAACAACCCUGUGACAGCCAUGGAUCACAUGAUGGAGAUGAUGUCACAGCAUCAUCAGGCUCCACCACUACAACACCACCCUCAUCAUCCGCAGCUUCCUGCUCCGCCCAUCACUUUCCAACAGCGAUGCCACGCUCCACCUCCGCAGCACAUGGGAAGUCCCCACAGCCUCCACCAGCAGGCUCACCAAGCCCCGCCCCCCCACCUGCACCAGGGCUCGCCUCCUGCACCACCCCUGUCUAUUCCUUCACAGUUAUCACCAGUUGCGCAGCAGAUGCAUCCAUCCCACUCCCAGCAUUCAAUGCAGGCAGAUAGUAGCUGCAGCAGUGGAAGUGGAAGUGGAGGAGGAGGAGGAGGAGGAGGAGGAGGAGGAGGCAGCCACCGCCGCAGGAGGACGGCAGACCAAGACCCCGACCAGCGCAGGCAGAAGUUCCUGGAGCGAAACCGGGCUGCAGCCACCCGCUGCCGACAGAAGAGGAAAGUGUGGGUGUCGUCGCUGGAGAAGAAAGCUGAAGAGCUGACACACACUAACCUGCAGCUACAGAACGAGGUGACGUCACUGAGGUCGGAGGUGGGUCAGCUAAAGGAGAUUCUGCUCACCCACAAAGACUGUCCUGUCACCGCCCGGCAGAGAGAGUCACAGGGGUAUCCCACUGCAGGGGUGAGCCCCGCAGGAAGUCCCAUCCCUGCAGGUCCUGGGCCUCAUCUGCAGGCCGUCCAACACAACAGCAUUUCCACCUCCUCGGCAGCUGAAGGCAUGACAGGGCACGACCCCACGCCUGGACUACAAAGAUGAGGGGGGGCUGAUGAAUCCUAUCAGCCUGAAUUACCUUACAAUAACACUUAAGUCCGACUCAGCAUCAUGUAUUUGCAUUAUGGAUGAAAAUGCUGAAUUGGAUAGGUGAAUGUAUACAUCCAUUUGAACAUUGAGGUAUUUUUCAAUAUUAUUAUCAUCUUUUUCUGGUUGGAAGGGAGACCAGAACCACAUACUGAUACAUUUCCAUAACAGGUGCAAACAUGACCUUUACUGAGAUGGUUACAUGGCAACUGGAUCCUUUCUGCAAGCCUGCUACGCUCUGACUAUGCACACACACCAUCAUAAAACAUCUGUUGCUCUUAUAUCUUGCACUAAUUUAAAAAACAUUAGUUUUAUAUUUCACACUCUAUGCCUUCUAGUUGAUGCCUAAGCAUCUUCUCAAACCUGUAUUUUUCUACAAAUAAUUCAUAUUUACACAACAGAUAUUUAAUUUAAGAUUUUAAAUCAAACCUACGGCUGUCUUGGAAAGCCAUUUAAAACGCGGUUGUACAGACUUUCCAUUUAGGCACUUUUUUUUUACUUCUCACUAAGACACUAACUUUAAACUGCACCUCAUAUUUCAAUCCCUGUCAGGUAAUACAACAUCUCUUAUUCUGGUAAUUCAAUAUAUUUAUUUUAGAUCUUUUGAAAUAUUGUUUAUCAUAUAAAACAUGUCAGAAUUAUUUUUGACUCAGGAAACUUGUGAUUUUAAGUAAUUAUAUUUAAAAUAUCUGAUUGUUUCUGUACAUACAGUAUGGUCUAGUCUGCCAUCUAGUGACUGGUUUUGUUAGUGGUUAUUGACCAUGAUGGCUGUGUUAUGUUUGGUCAGUACAUAGACAUUAGUAAUCUGUAUUACGCAAAGCAAAGAAGAAUCUAACAUUUAAUUUGCCUGACUGAUAUUUACUAUCAGUAAAGUGUCCCAAACUAAAGGACUUCAUUUUGGUACCAGCUGUAGACUCUUGGACUUUUUUGUCAAAAGCUUUCCGUUCUGACUUCCUGAGUGUCUCGUGAUAUUAAUACAUUUUGUAUCCAUGCAUUUGUGCAUAUGUGUGCGUACAUGUGUUUUUGUGCAUGUGUGCCUGAUUUGGACUAAGUGUGGGAG